GAAUCGGCUCUCGAGUCUCCAACGUAACCAACCGCACACGCGAUAGGAUAGGAAUCGAAGAGGAGAAAAUGCUAAGCUACGGCGCGUCCACCUCAACUCUCCGUGUUCCCCACACCGUAACCUUCUGUGACAACAACCCUCAUCAUCUUCCAACCACCACUACACAUACUGUCACUGUGGUUACCAGACGAACUUUAUCCCUACUCGCAGCGGCGUUAUCAGUUCCGGUUUUGUUUUGCAAUUCCUCCGUUCGUUCCUCAGAAGCUGCCGCCGCUACUCCUCGGUUUUCCGAACUACCUGAAUCUGGAGGCGUUAAGGUGUUGGAUCUUCGCGUUGGUGAUGGCGAUUAUCCGGUUAAUGGCGAUCAGGUUGCCAUUCACUACUAUGGUCGGUUAGCUGCGAAGCAAGGAUGGCGCUUUGAUUCAACAUAUGAUCACAAAGAUGAAACCGGUGAACCGAUUCCCUUUGUUUUCGUUCUUGGUUCAGCCAAAGUAAUAGCAGGGAUCCAAGCAGCCGUUAGAACAAUGAAAGUAGGAGGUAUUCGUCGGGUCAUCAUCCCGCCAUCCCAAGGAUAUCAGAACAUGGAUCAGGAGCCCGUUCCACCAAACUUUUUUGACAGGCAAAGGCUGUUCACCACCAUCUUCAAUCCUACCCGCCUUGCGAAUGGAGAAGGAUCUACCUUGGGGAUUAUCAUAUUUGACAUCGAAUUGGUCAGCCUGAAGCACCUCUAAAUUUUUUAAAAUUUAUCUUGUGCAUAAUCUAGAACACUACUAGUUGUAUCUGUAUUCUGUAUCCAUACAUAAUUGUCGCGUGCCAAACAGAUAUAGAUGUCAUGAUUAUCUUUUUUGUA